UAAGAAAUCACAAACAUUUUCUCGAGAAAAUUUUACUGCGAAAUUUCAUUUCCGUUUUCGAUUUUUUCCUCCAAUUUGUAUUUGAAGUGAUGGAUGCCGGAUCAAAGGUGAAGAAAGGAGCUGGAGGAAGGAAAGGCGGCGGUCCAAAGAAGAAGCCGGUUUCUCGUUCGGUGAAAGCCGGAUUACAGUUUCCCGUUGGUCGAAUUGGCCGAUACUUGAAGAAAGGGCGAUACUCUCAACGUGUGGGAACCGGUGCUCCGGUUUACCUUGCUGCUGUUCUUGAAUACCUUGCUGCUGAGGUUCUUGAGUUAGCUGGUAAUGCUGCAAGAGACAACAAGAAGAAUAGGAUCAUUCCAAGGCAUGUUCUAUUAGCAGUGAGAAACGAUGAAGAGCUUGGGAAGCUUUUAGCUGGUGUGACUAUUGCUCAUGGUGGUGUUUUACCCAAUAUUAACCCAGUUCUUUUACCAAAGAAAAACGAGAAAGCGGCUGCAAAAGAGCCUAAGUCGCCAUCUAAGGCUACAAAGUCUCCAAAGAAAUCACCUAAGAAGGCUUAGUUGUUUGUCUAUUAUAGGGUUUGUUUUGAUUUAUCUGUUAAUGUAUGUAGGUUCCUUUUGUGUACUUUGGUUGUAGGAAAAUGUUGGUAAUGUUGUUUAGAAUAUGUUUUGUUUGAAAUGAAUGAACUGAAAUUCAGAUUA